AUGUUACUUCGUCGCCCUUUUCUCACAAUCCUGGCCUUACUAGCCGUCCCAACGCGGGUAUUAUCACGAAAGGGCGGCGAUGGCUCUAGCAGCGACAGCGAUAGUGGUAGCUCCAGCGGCUCCAGUGAUAGCGAUGACACCUCUUCGUCAACACCAUCCUCAGGCGGACUCGACUGCUUUGAUACCCACCGCCUUGACUUUGACGAUCUUCAACCUUCGCACUACGACCAAUACAAUCGGGAACCACGCCGUGGUCAUGCUAGUGCUUACAGCGAUUGGGAUGGCGUCUUCUUCAAAGGCUCAGCCAGUUUCAAAUACACAAUCCAAACACCACCUAACAAUUUGACAGAAGGCGACAUCGUUAGUUCAUCUUUCAUCACAUGCCCCGUUGGCACACAAUCCAUGCGCAUGCUAGGCGCUGCAUGGGUCGCUGCCAAAGCUCCCACUCCCGCCGGACCUCUCAAUCCCAUCACGUUGGGGUUCAAGGCCUGGAAGAGCAACGUGCGCGUCUCGGAUAUCGAUUAUUCAUACAGUGUCUGCGAAAACGUGGAUAUCAUGCGCCUCACUACGACGGUGGACUGGUACAAUGAAACUUCAGUCGAGAAGGCCAUGGAUGCAGUUGCGUUAAAUAUAACCCAGGCGGCUGAUAACAACAAGAUUCUGUUCGACGGGGUCUAUGAUCUUAAGGACUGGGCAGAUAGUGAAAGGAGCUCCAUGGAACCAGCACGCUAUGACAACGCCGGUCUUUCGGAUCAGAUGAUUUCCCUUCCGGAUAGUCUAUGCUCCGAGUACAGCAAUUUGGGUAAAAUCCUCAUUGGAUGGCCCAUUGGGACACACAUCAAUGGGUCUAUGACCAAUGAAACUCUUGAGUUGGGGUUUUCUGGCUCGACAAUUGCUGGGUUUUCACAUCGUUAUCCAUGGCCGGACACCGACACGGAAGUAAAUGUGACUUUCGAAUUUACAUUUGCGGGCAGUUAUGAUGCUGCGAAUUCAUCGCAGGUGGUUCUACCAGGGGCGUCGAGCCACAAUGCGUCGCUAGUCACAUUUGAGAGGGCGACUGGUAGUGCCACUGUCACAAGUCUCUCAUUGUACUCUGUACUACUAUCUUUGUUAGUCAGUGUUGGGGUGAUAUUUGUGUGA